CACGCACAUGUGGGAGGCGGAGGCGGGGUGUCUGCCGAGCCAGAUGCGGGUUACAAAUCUGCCAUCUAGAGGCGCCUUCCUGCAGUGUAUAUAACGCGAGUCGGCCGACCAGGAGGAGCUCAGUUGUGCAAACUAGCUUUUAGCUUUAAGGCAGCCCAGGCAGCAGGGAAAGCCAGCCGGGAGCCAGCCGGGAAGGCGAAGAGAACCUGCCAGCCUGAGAAAGCCGGAGCCCUGUCCGAGACCCUUAGUGCCUGCUCUGCACCAUGGAUCUGCAUCUCUUUGACUAUGCGGAGCCCGGCAACUUCUCCGACCUCACCUGGCCCUGCAAUAGCAGUGACUGUAUCGGUGUGGACACAGUGAUGUGCCCAGGCAUGGCCAGCAAAAGUGCCCUCCUCUAUACACUCUCCUUCAUCUACAUCUUCAUCUUCGUCAUCGGCAUGAUCGCCAACUCAGUGGUGGUGUGGGUGAAUGUGCAAGCCAAGACCACGGGCUAUGACACACAUUGCUACAUCCUGAACCUGGCCAUCGCCGACCUGUGGGUGGUGGUGACCAUCCCGGUCUGGGUGGUCAGCCUGGUGCAGCAUAAUCAGUGGCCCAUGGGUGAGCUCACCUGCAAAAUCACCCACCUCAUCUUCUCCAUCAACCUCUUCGGCAGCAUUUUCUUCCUCACCUGCAUGAGCGUGGACCGAUAUCUGUCCAUCACCUACUUCACCAACACCUCCAGCCAUCGCAGAAAGGUGGUGCGCCGCGUGGUCUGCAUCCUGGUGUGGCUGCUGGCCUUCUUCGUGUCCCUGCCUGACACCUAUUACCUGAAGACGGUCACAUCAGCUGCCAACAAUGAGACCUACUGCCGGUCCUUCUACCCUGAGCACAGCAUCAAAGAGUGGCUGGUGGGCAUGGAACUGGUGUCUGUGGUCCUGGGCUUUGCCAUCCCCUUCUGCAUCAUCGCUGUCUUCUACUGCCUGCUGGCCCGGGCCAUGGCAGCUUCCAGCGACCCUGAGAAGCAGAGCAGUCGCAAGAUCAUCUUCUCCUACGUGGUGGUCUUCCUCAUCUGUUGGCUCCCUUACCAUGUGGUGGUGUUGCUUGAUGUCUUCUCUAUCCUCCACUACAUCCCCUUCACCUGCCAGCUGGAGAACUUCCUCUUCACAGCGCUGCACGUCACACAGUGCCUGUCCUUGCUGCACUGCUGUGUCAACCCCGUGCUCUACAGCUUCAUCAACCGCAACUACCGCUACGAGCUCAUGAAGGCCUUCAUCUUCAAGUACUCUGCCAAGACAGGCCUCACCAAGCUCAUCGAUGCCUCCCGAGGUUCAGACACUGAAUACUCGGCAUUAGAACAGGGCACCAAGUGAGGGUGCCUGGAUGGACGCUCAGGCUUGCUUUCCAUGGGCUGCCCCAUCUGUGCUUGAGACAAAUGAAACUUUGAGAUAGCUUUGAGUCCAGGGGCAAAGGGGUGCUGAGAGGCAUAAGGACAGAAAGAUGACUGUCUCCUACCACUUUUUCCCUGAUGCCAACGUGAUCUUGGGCUCUUGCCCUUCUGGGACCCUUGGGGCUGAAUUGGGUGGGGCAAGUUGAGUGGUCUGGUGCAGAUUGGGGUGCAUACCUGCCUGCAUGUAUUCUUCUCCCCCCAAAAUUUUAAGGGGAAUUUGUAUUUAAAUGGCAACUUCUAUUUUCUCACUCUUGGCCUACCUUCUUGUAUUUGAAAGUUUAAAUCUAUUUUGAAUAGUGUCGGGAGGUAUUAUUGUGCCCACUUAUAUCCAGAAUGUUGUAGUUUUCAGGUUAGUUGGACUUGGUUGUGGAUAUCAGAUAACAUUAAUCAGUAGAUGUGCUGAAAUGAUGCUUCUAUACAUAUCUAUGAAUAUGAAUAUAUAUAAGAAGAUAGGCCAGACCUGGCCAAAAUGUUUUAUCUACGAUAGUUUUCUAUCCAUGUGGUGCUCUGGACCAGCAUGGGAGAGGGCCUGAGUGUGCUGUGUGCUAAGGCUUUUGACAUUGUAAAGUGACGAUGGAGG